AUUCAGCACGAGACAGAGGCGAAGAAAGUGAGAAAGAGUUGCUAAGGCAAAAAAAGCUCCGAGAGUUGAGUGUAGCCACUCACGUGGAAUAAAAAGCAAAAGGAAUACGUCAAUUUUUACAUCUGUUUUAUUUUUAGCAUGAUGCUUAGUUUCAAGUGCCACAAACUACUCUAACUCCACCACUAUAAAACGAAUCCCACUUACACUUUCAAUAACACAACCACUAUCACAGCUGUUCACUACAAAGGAAUAUACAUUGUUUAUUUUCAGACCAAACAUAACUCAGAUGGCUCUCAACACCUCUUGCUCUAAGCCCAUUCUAGGAAUCCAUCUUCCUAACUCUGUUCCUAAUGCUUCCAACACACCCAAUUUUUUCUUCACCACCAAUGACAACAAAGCCUGCAACUUUGGCUUCCCAAGACUUGUUCAAAACAAGGGUCUUCUCCCACUUCAUGCAGUGCCAUCCAAAACCAUGGUGGAUUUGGACAGUUUGGUGGUCCAAACUCCAGAAGAACAACCGAAGGAAGAAGGAAAGAUUAUCAAUGUCAAAUUUCAGAUGCAUCGCAACUGCAAAUUUGGGGAGCAAUUUCUAGUAGUUGGUAGUGAACCAAUGUUUGGCUCAUGGAACCCUGCAAAAGCCAUACCAAUGGCCUGGUCAGAAGGGCAUGUUUGGACAGCAGAGAUGGCCGUACCUGCUGGAAAAUUCCAGUACAAGAUCAUCUUGAAGAGAAGAAAUGGUGACAUUGUGUGGCAGCCAGGGCCAGAUAGACUUGUUCAGACAUGGGAAGCAAUGAACAGAGUCACUGUUUGUGAGGAUUGGGAAAAUUCCAAACUUCAGACAGUAACAGAUGACGAUGAGAAAGUUUCCAAGACAUCAGUGGAAGAUGAACAUGGUCAGACAGACAAGGAUUCCAAGAUGGAGUCAGAAAUUGCCAAUUUGGUUGAGAAUGCCAAUUUGGCUGAGAAUGCCAAUUUGGCUGAGAAUGCCAAUUGCUGAAUUUUGUUUCCUUCCACAAACAAAAGUUUUAUGAUUUUGCUGCUACAAAGAAAGCCCAAGUUAGUUUUGAGCUACUUAUUUCCAUUCGGCUCAUAGUAUUACUAUUUUCUUGUUAGAGAAAAUAAGAGUCUCUUUUCUGUUUUGUUGUCGCAUAUCUUCAUCAAUGAAAUUUAUUAUUUAUUUUCA